UUAACUGAUGAAGAAUGGAAUUUAAUACAUGAUCUUAUAAAAAUUUUGGGUCCAUUCUUUGAAGUUAUAGAAGAACUCAGUGGUUCUGAAUAUAUUACGAUUUCCUUCAUAGUUCUUUCUAUUUUAGCAUUAAUGGAAAGGUUAGAUUGCUCUACCAGAAAUUUAGAAAAAUCAAAUGACACCUUAAAUUUUGAAACAACUGACCUUGUAUUUGAUGAUAAUGUUGGAUUUACUGAUACUUAUAAGGAGGAAGAAGAUGGUUCUAAAGAAAGAAAAAUUAAAAUCAAUACACCUACUGUUGUUAUUGAUAUAAAACAUAAAAUUAAAAAUUCAUUAUAUAGUGCCCUUUUACACUAUUGGGACUUGUCAAAUGAUGAAGUAUUUAUUGCGUGUCUCCUAGAUCCUAGGUUUAAAAAAUUAAGAUUUGUAUCUUCAUGUCAACAACGCCGAACUGAAGCAGCCCUCCGAGAAAAAUAUAAUAAUAUAAAAUCCCUUUGCCAAUCUUCACUGACUUCAAAUUUUAAUGAAAAACAACCUUCAGCUAAAAAUAAUUGGAAAGAGCAACGUCAAAUUUAUCACAAAACCUUUUUCAAAUCAAUUUUUAUAUAA